AUGGAAAACAGAUACGAGGCUGAAGAAAAUAAGCACGAGCACGACGAGGGAAUCGAGGCUAAAUUCGCAUUUGGAAACGGGUUCUUCGCAGGACUCGUUGCAGCCGGAAGCACCUUCCUCAGUGCUCUCAUGAUUAUUCGCCCGUAUGAUAAAAGCCAGGAGCGGCUGCCGACGCCAACUGGCACAGAUGAAAAGGAAACCGUUCAAAGCUGUAGGAAACUCAUGAAAAGCUUUUCUGGCGGUGACUGGGAGCAAGAUGUGGACGAAUCUGGUAGCUUCACUUUUCCAGUCUGA